UUGACGUCCGCCAUUGUUGGUUCAUAGCAAGUGACCGGACAUCUGAGCGAACACUUUUUUAAAAAGAUGUUUUUAUCGUCUGCAAUACGUUCAGCUGUGUCGCACGCGGCCAGACAGGUCCGGUCCCUUCAUCAAUCUGCUGCCCGUGCCGGAGCUGGGGGUAUUUUCGUUCACAGAGAUACACCAGACAACAAUCCAGAUACCCCUUUUGAGUUCACUCCGGAAAACCUUACGAGAAUUGAGGCUAUUAUAAAUAAUUACCCAGAAGGCCAUAAGGCUGCUGCCACUAUCCCUGUGUUGGACCUGGCUCAGAGGCAGCAUGGAUGGCUCCCCAUCUCAGCCAUGAACAAGGUAGCAGAGAUCUUGGAGAUCCCACCUAUGAGAGUGUAUGAAGUAGCUACAUUCUAUACAAUGUUCCUGCGUCAGCCGGUGGGAAAGUACCACAUCCAGAUCUGCACAACUACACCGUGCAUGCUGUGCGACUCCGACAGCAUUCUGGAGACCAUCCAAAACAAACUCGGUAUUAAAGUUGGAGAGACCACACCAGACAAGUUGUUUUCUUUAAUAGAAGUGGAGUGCCUAGGUGCUUGUGUCAAUGCUCCAAUGGUGCAAAUCAAUGACAACUAUUAUGAGGAUCUUAAACCUGAAGACAUUGAGCACAUCAUUGAUGAGCUGAAGGCAGGGAGAGUCCCACCACCUGGGCCCAGGAGUGGACGUUUCUCCUGUGAACCAGCAGGAGGUUUGACCUCUCUGACUGAACCUCCUCCUGGACCAGGGUUUGGAGUGAGAGCAGACCUCUAAAAGCCUGCAUAGGACCCACUUCACUCAUGGGCCAUCAUGUAAUUUAACCUGAAUCCUUAAGAAAUUAUUUGUUAAAGGACUGUUGUGGUUGUAAAUAAAAUUAUCAUCUACCUGUA